GAUUUCGUACCCUUCAAACUGCGUAGCGCCUCAACGCGUCUGCCCUUUUCUUUCUGUAUUCAACUUUGUUUUUCUUUUCGUUCGUGAGUGAUUCGACUUUUAAUGAGAAACGUCGUCUUGCCUUUUCCCACGCUGACCGCUAAAGAGCACCGUCCAUGGCAACUGCUGCUCACCGCUGCUGUGCUGGCGCAUGUCGCGAUGGGGGCGACCAAGACUAACGAACCGACCGGCUACGCGGCGUGGCCCAUGUGGGUGCUCGUGGUCUUCUGCCUCUGCACCGUGGUGCUGUCCGCCAUGUACUGCGGUCUGACGAUUGGCUUGCUGGGGAUGGAAACGAUUUACCUCGAGAUCAUCGCCGACGCCGGCCGAGAGCCAGAUAAGACCUACGCCCAGCGAAUUCUACCCGUGCGCAAGCUCGGCCAUCAGCUGCUGGCGACGCUACUGCUGGGUAACAUGCUCACCCUCGUCCUGACCUCGCAGCUCGUGGCGGCGAUUGUGCAGGGCAGCGAGAUCGUGAAUUUUAUAGCGGGCACGCUGGUGGUGCUGAUCUUUGGGGAGAUUCUCCCGAUGAGCUUCUGCAAUAACCAAAACAACGCCCUCUUCGCCGGCUCGACGAGUCUGCCGGCGCUGAAGGUGUCUCUCCUUUUGUUGUGGCCCAUCGCGAAGCCGCUCGGUCUUAUGCUGGACUGCAUGGUGGGCCACGACGCCGGCCAGAUCUACGACCGCAACGAACUGAAGAAGCUCAUUCGCGUGCACUGCGAGAAGUUCCCCGAUAAGUCAGGAAUCGACGUGGAUCAGGUGCGCAUGAUGCUGAGCGCGAUGGACAUGAACGAGGUCACCGUAGAUGCGGCCAUGACGCCGAUGUCGAAGGCGGUGAUGUUGGAGGCGGAGGCCAUGCUCGACACCGCGCUCGAGCGCCGGCUCUGGGAGUACGGCAUCUCCCGCAUUCCGGUCUACCAAGGCGCCCGCGAGAACAUCAUCGGGGUGCUCUAUGUGAAGGACCUCGUCGACAACUCCUACCUCGGGCGCGACAACGACGCGACAGUGCGAGACUUUAUCGUGCGGCAUCCACGCGAUGUGCUGGUGGUGCGGGCAGACACACUGCUGCAGGACAUGCUUUACAUCUUCGAGCACCACCACACACAGCUCGUCUUUGUGGAGCCGUCGCCGCCCGGCACGGCUCGCGGGGGCCUCGGCAGCAACGAGGAGAAGCGGUCCGUGGCAUCCCCGCCUGCAGCGCGCCGCCGCGGUGAUGCUCACCACACCGCCUCAACAGAGGAAAGCAACGGGGAGAGCAACAACAACGGAGAUGAAGAAGAAAAGGAGAGCCGUGGGCGCGGCUCUUCGCUGGACGGCGCUUCCUGUCCCCGACAUCGCCGAGCCCACAGCCAAAAGGAUGCGGGUGGGCCAGAGGGGAACGCCACCCCUGCCGGGGCGUCGGUGAUUACACCCAUGGCGCUGCUGUCCGACGGGACGGAGCGGCGUGCCUUCGUCGGCAUCGUGACGCUGGAGGACGUGAUUGAGGAACUGAUCGGCUCGGAGAUCUACGACGAGGACGAGUGCUCCCUCACCGAUGACCCGGAUGAGGAGAUGUUUGAGACGGGGGCGCUGGAGCCGGCUCCUACGCGGCCCCCGCGCGUCAACUUCUACUCGUACGGUGUGCAGUGCGGCUCUGACGGCGCAGAGAACCGCCUUCUCGACGACCAACUCUGGGCUCUUGCCUCGUACCUCACCCGUGCCUACGUCUUCUUCGCCACGUGGAGCGUCCCACACGUGAAGUUUCUGCUGGAUCAAAUCGGCGACUGCAUCGUGUACGUCGAGGAAAAAAAGGCGGAGGGCGACGAACAACAAAACCGCAGUUCAGCGGCCCUUACCACGGCGAUGCAGCGCGACAUCAACACGAUCGAGCCGGCGCGUGUUCUGUACCGCGCUGGGCAGCCUUCCACCGCCUUCACGUUGCUGCUCAGCGGCGGUGUGGCAGUGAGUGUCGGCCAAGAGAAGAUCACGACGGAGUUACGCUCCUUUUCGGACCUCGGCGACGAGGUGUUGAUGUCGGACACACCCUUUCAGCCCGAUUACACCGCCGUGGUGUCGCGCACGAGCCGAUUUAUACGCAUUACGCAGCAAGAUAUUGCCUCCACGGAACGAAAGCUGAACGAGCUGCGUGCGCGGCGUCGUCAGAAGCCGGUGCGUCUCUCACCUGCUUCCAAGACGGAGGUGGAGGUGCCGACCUUUACUCCUCCCGCGGCGUCGUCAACGCCGGCUACGAAGGCGCACAAGACCAGCACAAUGCGUGGGGAAGAUAAGCGCGUUGUUAUCGAGUGA